AUGAAACUUGGGAUUUUGAACUUUCAUUCCGUAAGGUUUCAAAUGGUGUAGGUCACGUCAAUUCACUCCGACAUCUCUAAUUCACUUUAUUUUUUAUUAGUGCCUAGUGAAAUAUCAGAGUGUUCGGGCUGGUACGGGCGCAGUUUGGCUCCAAAAAAGAUGAAACUUGGGAUUUUGAAAUUUCAUUCCGUAAGGUUUCAAAUGGUGUAGGUCACGUCAAUUCACUCCGACAUCUCUAAUUCACUCUAUUUUUUGUUAGUGCCUGAUAAUGUUACUUUAUAUUGUCCCUUUUUGGAACAAAAUGGUAAGCCGACUACUAAAUGAUACUAAAGUUGCUGUGAUUACUAUAAAGUGAAACAUGUUUUCAAAUCGCCCUCACUCGUGACUAUGCUUGCAGCUUUAUUACUUUCACUGACAGUUUCUCUUUCCUCCGCCGACAUCAAAAGUGAUCAUGAAGUGACGUCAUUGCCUGGACUCGAGUGGCAACCAUACUUCAAGCAUUACGCUGGCCGUCUCAAUAUUUCAGAGACAAAAAGCUUGUCUUAUUGGUAGGAAACCAACAAAGCGUUUAUAAUAGCUCUGAUAUUUGUGAUCCGACACCGAAGCCAAUAACAAUUUUACAACUUCUUUUUCAGGUUGAUCGAGUCUCAAAACGACAAAGAUAAGGAUCCCUUGUUGCUAUGGUAAGUCGCCCUGCAUUACCCCGACAAUAAACAUUUCAGGAUGAACGGUGGUCCUGGCUGCUCUUCCUUCUUUGGCCUUCUUCAAGAGCAUGGGCCAUUCCUACUGUCUGAGGAAAAAGAUGAUCUUAAGCUCCAUAAAAACCCCAAUGCCUGGAAUAAUGUGAGACUACAGUUUCCUCUUAAAUUGGUUCAUUUUUAAUUGUAUUUUUUUAUUUUUUAGUUUGCUAAUGUUGUUUAUCUUGAAACUCCGGCGGGCUCUGGAUUCUCCCUGAACACAAACUAUAGCGUCUCCCAGCUAAAUGAUAAUGUUGUAAGCUCGCAUUACGACCUUCUAAAAGCUCGGAUUUUAAGACAGCCGAAGACAAUUUGAAUUUCCUCCACCAAUUCCUCGAAGCGUACCCGGAAUACAAAGGACGCGACUUUUAUAUCACUGGCGAAAGCUAUGGCGGUUGUCUGGUUCCGACAUUUGCCAAUCAUGUCUUGCUGGCCAAGGAGAAGAUCGAACUGAAUUUUAAGGUCGGUUUUUGAACGAAGGACAACUGCCGGGGGUGAUGACAAACCUUCGGCUUCAGUUGAUCAUCACAAAAAACAUUUGUUGAGAUUUCAGGGAAUUGCAAUGGGGAAUGCGGUGACAGAUAAUCAGUGGAGCAAUUACAAGGAAGUCUCGCUGGCUUUGCAUGGAGCCUCGCUCACGCUUCCAGUACUGGGCCAGUGGAUGAGAGAGUUUUGUCCUAGUGGGUUUGACAAUCUUUGUAAAGGUGGACAAGUAUCAAAAAAGACAGUAAAACUGGGGGAAAUUUAUGCAAACAUGAUGAGUAAUGUAAAUAAGGACCACUUUAUCAAUGCGUACGACAUUAACCGACCAUGCAACGGCAUUGAUAACCUCGGGAAGUACCUAAACCAACCAGAAGUUCAGAAGGCUCUUCAUUUGGCGGUUGAUGGAACUGCGGUUAAAUGGCAAGAGUGCAACGAGUAAAGGCGGCGGUCGCUUCUUAGGUAUAAAUGUAUACUAUUUUAGCGGCAUUUAUCAUCAUUACAACGUUUGCAAGGACAUUACGGAUGACGUUAAGAACAUACAGGAAAACAAUCUCAAGAUCCUCUACUUCUAUGGGGAGACAGGCAAGUGAAAAUCUCUUUUAAAAACCUGUUUUAGAUACCGUAUGCCCUUUUAUAAUUGGUGAUCUGUUUACCCACAAAAUCGGAAAGAAUCCCAAGACAGCACCCUGGUUUUUUGAUGAUCUUUAUGCUGGAACAAGGACAACUUUUGACGGAAAUCUGACUUAUACAACAAUUGCUGAUUGCGGGCACAUGGCUGCCGCAUGGAAGCCAAAACAAACCGCCAGAGCUGUUCAUCACUUCAUCAACGAUAUUAGCGAUUGGAACAAUUGA